UAUAAAUAAAAAAACAAAUCAGAGUUUGUUGGUAUGUUGAAUGUAGCUUGUGAUUAACGCGGAACUUGUUAUCAUGAAUGAGUAAUUUAUGUUGGGGACAAUACUGCUUGAAUAGGUUUUGAAGUACACGUGUUUUUGUGUUAACGACAGAGAACUGGCGUUUUAUCUACACGCGCUGUUAUCCAUAGUUAAUAAUUUGUGUCUGAAUGGAUCAAACGUGUCAAAGAUGAAAUGUGUGAUUUCAUUAAUGUUACUUAGAAUGUUCUGUAAGUUAUGGCAACCGACAUCAGUGAUAUUGUAAAACAAGGCUAUCUCAGAAUUCGAAGUCGUAAGCUUGGUCUGUGGCAGAGAAGAUGGAUUGUACUAAGGCGAGCAUCAAGUAAAGCACCCUGCAGACUGGAAAAAUAUAUUGAUGAAAAAGCUGCUCGCUCUGUUACUGGCCAUAAAAUAGCUCUUCUUACAUCUGUAAGCACAGUAUGUAGAGUUCCAAGCAGUGUAAAGAAACAUGCUUUUACGAUCUGUUUUCUGGAUUGUACCACAAAAUGUUUUGCAUGUGAUUCUGAUAUGGAGGCAGACACAUGGGUAAAGCUUCUUGUUCAAGAAUCACUAGUUCCACAGCCUGGAUUUGCCACUGGUGAACCUGAUGUAUUAAGUCCUGGCAUCCAGAAAGAAUUACAAG